AUGUCCGUCGUACAUCCCACUCCUCACUCAUCUAUGCCACAUACAAGUGACACUCUCUCGAAGAUUGAAAUUGAGGACGAGAAGAGGGUAAAGGAUCUCGUGGCAGUCGAUGUCUACACCGUAGAGGUGCAAAUUGCGUUGGAGAGCGAUCAUGAGAUCCAAUACCGCACUUGUUCCUGGCAGAAGACUGCUGCAUUACUCUUCUCAGAGUACAUAUGUCUGGCUAUACUCUCUUUCCCGUGGUCAUACUCGGUAUUGGGCCUCGUUCCAGGGAUACUGGUCACGAUCGGGGUGGCCGCUACUGUGCAGUACACCUCGCUCAUCCUGUGGCGCGUCUGCAUGAAGCACCCCGAAGUCCGCGACGUAUGCGAUAUUGGUCGUAUACUAUUUGGCGGGUCGCAAUGGGGAUAUAACAUCACGGCUGUCAUGUUCAUUCUGAAUAACACGUUCAUACAAGCGCUGCAUUGUCUCGUUGGGGCCGAAUAUCUGAACACGAUCACAAACUCUGCGCUCUGCACGAUCGGAUUCAGUGCAAUUGCUGCCAUUUUCUGCUUCUUCUGCUCGCUCCCACGUACGCUCAACCAACUGAGCGGUCUCGGAGCUAUGAGCGCCGUCUCGAUGGGCAUCUCUGUCAUUCUCGGCAUCAUAUUCUCGGGCGUUCAGUCCCACCCGCAGGGUUAUGAUGGCUCUAUGCCUAUUGUGACCGCCUUUCCGGUCGGCGGCACCGCGUACGUUGCUGCUAUGUCUGCUUUUCUCAACAUAUCGUAUACUCUGAUCGGGCAGAUCACUCUCCCUUCCUUUAUCGCUGAGAUGCGCGACCCUAGAGACUUUCCUAAAGCUUUAUGGGCUUCCACCAUAUGCUCUGUCAUUGUCUUCACUCUCUGCGGUGCACUCAUGUACCAUUAUGUCGGAAAUCAGUACAUCACUGCGCCCGCCUUUGGGUCCCUCACGCCGGAAUUCAAGAAGAUCGCAUUCAGCUUUGCCAUACCUACCAUCGUGUACCUCGGGUCACUUUACUCAUCUGUAUCGGCCCGUUUCAUGUUCUUCAGGCUCUUCCGCGACUCUAAGCACCGGCACUCCAAUACCGUAGUUGGCUGGUUGGUCUGGGCAAGUCUCAUCGCUCUGACCUGGAUUGCUGCAUGGGUCAUCGCAGAGGUUAUUCCCUUCUUCUCAGACAUGCUAAGCCUCAUGAGCUCGCUAUUCGAUAGUUGGUUUGGGUUCAUCUACUGGGGGAUGGCAUAUCUCACACUGUACCCCGGCCGAUCAAAAUGGGCGGGAACCAUCAGGACCGGUGAAACGUUGGUGAACUACGCGCUUAUCGGGCUUGGGUUGUACAUUCUUGGGGCCGGGACUUAUGUUUCCGUUCAGUCGAUCAUUGACAGUUACCGGACGGACACCGUCGGCUCACCGUUCACAUGCGCCUCGAAUGGUAUUUAA